GUUGAGUGACAGCGGGCAGCAGCUACUGAGCUGCUGAGACAUGGCGGAGCUCGCAGUUUGAGUAGGGGACGGCGGCGGCGGCGGUGGAGGAGUUAUACGGUAGUUUAGGUCUCAGUUCGGGCGGCGCGUUGCGGGAAUAUAGAUGGGCAGGAUUAAAGCGUGAGGGGGCGAGGGUCCGCUGUCCGCCAGGCUGUGGGAGAAAAUGGAAGAAGUUGGCGGACGGGAGUGAGAGAGUAGCUAUCUGGAGCUGGAGCUCCGUGCCUCUCUCUCUGUGUGUUUAGUGCAGUCAACAGCCUCAGGCAACAAAUAUGGCUUCGUGUGCCUUUUCGCUAUUAGAGAGGGAGGAAAACUGCUGUGUUAGGCCAGCGUAUAUCAUGGCAGCGUCGUUUAAAUCGUACAAGUGACCGUAAGCAGGGAGUUUGCGGCUUGGUUCUCGGGCUUGUAGUGGGAUUGAGUCGGGCUCGGCGUCUCCAGCGACGCAGGGCUGCCCUAGCCAGUAGCAGCGCAGCUAGCUAACUAUAGUUAGCGCUACGGAACUACGGAGAACUGCCAUGGAGCCCAAGCACAAAGAGUUAUUACACCAGUGCCACCAGAACUUACUGGAGUCCAUCACGGACGCGGACCAGCUGAUCGAGCUGCUGAGCAAGUCCGGGACCCUCAGCGAGCGGGAGAGGUUCGAGCUGGACCACAACUGCCCGUCCAGCUCCGAGAAAGUGGACCAGCUCCUGAAGAUGCUGAUGAGCAAAGAGAGCGACCAUUUCCUGGACCUGUGUGUGGCCCUGGAGAAGACCUACCCUCACCUGUACUCUGCCCUCUUCACCAACGGAGGAGGACCCGCAGACCACUCCGGGUCCACCUACAGUGUUCUGUCCACUAUGCCAUCAGACUCGGAGAGCAGCAGUUCCCUCAGCAGUGUCGGUACCAAAGCCUCGUCACCUCCUCCUGCACUUAACGACAACCGGCCGGCCAGCGAGAACCUGGACACCAUCCUGUUCCAGCUCAGACAGGUGACCAGAGAACGAGACGAGCUCCGAAAACGCCUUGCUCUCGCAUCUCCGGGCACCACCUUCGAUGACUGCAGGCCAAAUUCCAAAGCCGGUCACGAUUAUGAGAGGCUGAAGACGCAGUGCAUGAAGGCCAUGGUGGACCUCCAGUCUCUGCAGAACCAGCACACCAAGACCCUGAAGAGAUGUGAGGAAGCAGUGAAGGAAGCCGACUUCUACCAUAUGCUACACAGCCGUCUCCUGAGUGACCAGUCUCAGCUGAAGGAGGAAGUGGAGGCGAUGAGGAGAGAUAAUGCUCAGCUGGUGAGAGAGCACAACCAUCUGAAACAGAGCUGUGAGGAGCUCAAGAGACUGCACUCAGAGGACCAGAAAGAAGUGGCCGACAUGAGACUCCAGCAACAGCAGGUUAUUCGGGAGAACGGGUCGUCUGAGGUCCUGAAGCUGUACGACACGGCCAUGGAGAAGCUGGAGGGGCUGAAGAAAGAAUAUGACGGCUUAAGCAAACGAUACAGCGAGAAGGUAGCCAAUCACAACACAGACAUAAGUCGACUGGAGCAAGCGGAAGAGGAGAACCGACGGCUCCAGAAACAGAUCGACACUUUGGUGAAGCAGAGAGACACAGCCAUCCACUAUCAACAACAGUACUCUGCCUCAAUCCGGAGGUUUGACUCCGUGCAGCAGGAGCUGAACAAAGCUUCAGCUCAGAACAAGGAGCUUCAGAGAGAGAUGGAGAGGCUGCAGUCAGAGGUUACACGUUACAAGAACUUCCAGCUGAAGGCGGUGAAGGACGCUGAGAAGUACAAGGAGGAGCGGGACUCUGUGUUUAACGAGUACAGGCUGAUCAUGAGCGAGAGGGACCAGGUCAUCAAGGAGGUGGACAAGCUGCAGACGGGGCUGGAAGCGGCUGAGGCUCGCCUCAAAAACACGUCGUCAGAGAGGAUGGUGGCCAGCGAGGAGCUGGAAGCACUCAGACAGGAGCUUAAUUCAUCGCUGGUGGAUCGAGACCGAGCCAUCUGUGAGCGGAACGAGCUGCUGGAGAAAUACUGCCAUGAAGUGAAGGACAAAGCGGAGGCGCAGAAAGAGCUGAGUCAGGCCUGUAAAGACAUCGAAACUGUGCGCGAGGAGCGAGACGUGGCCAGGAAAGAGAGAACUGAAGCCAUCAUCCAGAGGGACCAGCUACUGCGCGAGUACUACCAAGCCAGACAGAAACAAGACUCGGCCACUAUGGACAUGGAGCGUGCCAAUAAGGAGAUCGAGGUGUUGAGGAAACAGUGUGAGGCCAUGUCUCAGGAACUGAAGGAUGCUGUUCAGGAGGCUGAGGUUGCAAAGUGCCGCAGGGACUGGGCCUUUCAGGAGAGAGACAAGAUCGUGGCUGAGAGAGAGAGCAUCCGGACUCUAUGCGAUAACCUGCGGAGAGAAAGGGACCGUGCAGUCAGCGACCUGGCUGAUGCUCUGCGUAACCUGGAUGACAUGAGAAAACAGAAGAAUGAUGCUACUCGGGAGCUGAAGGAGCUAAAGGAGAAGAUGGAGAGCCAGCUGGAGAAGGAGGCACGGUUCUGCCAGCUGAUGGCACACAGCUCGCAUGAUUCAGCUAUAGACACCGACUCGCUGGAGUGGGAGACUGAGGUGGUGGAGUUUGAGAAGGACAGGGAGGAUAUGGAUUUGAAGGCAUUGGGGUUUGACAUUGCAGAAGGGGUAAAUGAUCCAUAUUUACCAGGGGACUGUGGAAUUUUCGUGACCAGAGUGGACAAAGGAAGUAUUGCAGACGGAAGAUUGAGAGUGAAUGACUGGCUGCUGAAGAUAAAUGACAUGGACCUAACAAACAAAGACAGGAAGCAGGUCGUCAAAGCUGUGCUUAAUGGAGGAGGUGUAAUCAAUAUGGUGGUGCGCAGGAGAAAGUCUUUAGGUGGAAGACUGGUUACUCCUGUCCACAUUAAUCUCAUUGGACACAAAGACAGCGGCAUUGGGCUGGAGGGUGGAGUUUAUGUGACGGCUCUAGCAGCUGGCAGUCCGGCUGCAAGAGAGGGCUCCCUCGCCAUUGGAGAUCGCCUCAUAGCUAUAAAUGGAAUCGCUGUGGAUAACAAAUCUGUGACAGAGUGUGAGGCUCUGCUGAGGGGCUGCAGGGACUCACUCAGCCUCUCCCUCAUGAAGUUCUUUCCUCAGAGCACGUCAGGCCAGAACAUCUUUGAGAGCCUCAGGGAUGCUGAGAAGUCCACCUGCAGAACGCACAUGUCUGACGUCCAUUCCCGCAACAGCAGGAACCUCAAGCACAACAGCUCCACGCAGACAGACAUUUAUAACAGUGAGACCGGAGGAGAGAGGAGGAAGACCCGGGCUGACUCAGAGGAGGGCACAUACCCUGAAAGAAAAUCACCGUUCCCCAGCUCCACACUGCACCCCAGCAGCUUGCGGCCGGCCUCGGAGCUUGGGGCUCCCUACAGUGGCAGCGCCUUCCAGGAGAUCUGCUACAGCCGCUCAGAGUCCGCCGGCCCCGAGUGCGUCACCCUGGAGACGGCAACAGACAAGAAGCACAGUGGCGGCACCUGGCCCAAGAUGAUGGUGGGGGUCACCAUGACGACAGAGAGCCCAGCUCAGCUCUCCAUCUAUAAGUCCCCCAAGCAGAGGAAGUCCAUCUUUGAAACGGAUGCCUUCAAGAGGCCGGACACGCCUUCCAAGAUGGAGUACUUGGCUGGACACUCGCCGCAGCCCUCUAAAACAGACGGCAGUGCGGCGCCCCCCACCCCUCCGACGCGGAGCGACUCUUUCAAGUUCAAGCCGAAGCAGCAGAGUGACUCGGCGUCAGACUCCACGAUCACCGAGCCCAAGCGGGAGGACCGCAACGGGAACCUGUACUUCACCGAGGGCAAAACGCUGAGCUCCAGGAAGUCCUGUGAGGAGGACAUUGGGCGGGUGCGGCCAGAGGAGCCUGAGGUAAAGCGGCCGAGGCCCAAAUCGGCCCCUGCGCUCAGACGCAGGAUGACUCCUCAGAACAUUCCUCUCCAGAGCUUUCAGAGCUACUCUAAUGAUGGGGACUGUGUAGAUCAGCGGGAGGUGCUGCGCUCGUCUCCUAGCCGACCUUACAGACACAGUGUGGGUUUCGUUCCUACGGUCUAUAACGGAACCCUGCCACCCAACUCUGUUCAUCGAGGCCUGGCCCCAUGCACAGCAGUGACAGCUGUUAUGAGGAACCCUGUUUACACUGUCCGCAGCCACAGAGUGCACACCAGCAACUGCCCCUCUGUCGCCAGCCAAAUCUGCCAUCAACACACACAUCCCAGUCCUCAGCAUCAAGGACGUUUGAGUCUGGACCUGAGCCGAGCCUCUCAUGGCACCAACUCGCUGCCGUCCAGUGCCAGACUCGGCCAGUCUUCCUCAUGUUCAUCCAAUAACGUACAGUAUCGAGCAGAAAGGAUAAAAAUCCCCUCCACACCCCGUUACCCACGCUCCAUGUUGGGCUCUGACAGAGGGUCCAUGUCCCAUUCAGAGUGUAGCAGUCCGAGUCUCAUCACUCCGCCUCUGUCCCCGCUCAACCUGGAGACGUCCUCGUUUGCUUCGAGCCAGUCGCAGAACUCCAUCUCCACUCUGCCGCGCAUCUCUGUCAGCCCCAUGCCCUCGGGAGAGCGCCAGAAAGACAGAUCUCUAUACCGUAACAGAUCGUUUCUGAGAAUCCCUCUGGCUGCUAGGCCUAGGUUCUGCUCUCUCAGGAGCCUGAGGCCGUACCUGGAGGAGCCACGCAAUGUCGUCGUGCACAAAGGAGCCGAACCGCUGGGCAUCUCCAUUGUGGGUGGUGAGAAUGGAGGGAUCUUUGUGUCCAAGGUGACUGGAGGCAGCAUCGCUCAUCAGGCAGGCCUGGAGUAUGGGGAUCAGCUGCUGGAGUUUAAUGGGAUUAACCUACGCAAUGCCACAGAGCAACAGGCCCGUCUUAUCGUAGGCCAGCAGUGCGACACCAUUACCAUCAUGGCCCAGUACAACCCCCACAUGUAUCAGCUUGGCAACCACUCGCGCUCCAGUUCUCGUCUGGAACCGGUGAGCACCCAGCCCACUCCUCAGGGCAGUGGAGCUACCACCCCAGAUAACCACUCCACCAUCGAUACUCUCAGCGAACAGGAUGAAGGCACCCUCACCCCCUCAUCCAAACAGACCACACCCACCACCAGCCCACACAGCUUCAUCAGGAUGCCAUCGGAGGGCUCUAAGAAGGUUCCAGAACCCAGGGUGGUGUCUAUUAAGAAGACUCAGGGAGAGCUUGGGGUUCAGAUCUGUGGAGGGAAUCUGUGGGGGAUCUUUGUAGAGACGCUGGAGAAGGACAAUCCUGCCAAGGGGGCAGAUGGCCUCAUGCCUGGAGACAUGAUCCUGGAGUAUAACUCUGUGGCUAUGAAGAAUAAGACUGCAGAGGAGGCUUACCUGGAAAUGCUCAAGCCAGCAGAAACAGUGACUUUUAAAGUCCAGCAUCGCUUGGAUGAGUUCAACCAGCUGAAAGAUACUCCUGGAGAUGGUUUCUAUAUCAGAGCACUUUAUGACCGGGUGGCUGAGACAGAGCUGGAUCUCUCCUUCAAGAAGGAUGACAUUCUCUAUGUGGACGACACACUUCCAAAGGGCAACUUCGGCACCUGGUUGGCUUGGCAACUGGAUGAAAAUGCACAAAAGAUGCAAAGGGGUCAAAUUCCUAGUAAAUACAUGAUGGAUCAGGAGUUCUAUCGCAGGCACAGUAUGACUGAGCUGAAGGACGAUGCGGGUUCCAGUAAAACACUGUCUGCCGCUGCACGCAGAUCCUUCUUCCGCAGGAAACAGAAGCACAAACGCAGCAGCUCCAAAGAUGGCAAAGACCUGCUAGCCUUGGAUGCCAUUAGCACAGACUCCAUACCAUUUUUAGAGGACUGUGUGAGCCUGGCUUACCAGAGGGUUCAGAAAGUGGACUGCACCUCUCCCAGACCAGUGCUGAUCCUGGGCCCACUUGUGGACCCGGUCAAAGACAUGCUGGUUAAAGAGUCUCCCGGGAAAUUCAGCAGAUGUGUGCUCGAGGUGAUGAAGGCCUCUCAGCAAGCCAUCGAGCGAGGGGUGAAGGACUUCCUCUUCAUUGACUACAAAAGGAGGAGUGGCCACUUUGAUGUCACAACUGUUGCCUCGAUCAAGGAGAUUACAGAGAAGGACUGUCACUGUUUGCUUGACAUUGCACCUCACGCCAUUGAACGGCUUCACAGCGUUCACAUUUACCCAAUCGUCAUUUUCAUUCGCUACAAAAACGCAAAGCAAAUAAAAGAGCUGAAAGAUCCGGUAUAUCUGCGGGAUAAAGUCUCUCAAAAACAUUCCAAGGAACAGUUUGAGGGUGCACAGAAGAUAGAACAGGAGUAUAGCAAAUUCUUUACAGGUAUUGUCCAAGGAGGCACGUUGCCCUACAUUUGCACUCAGAUUGUGACGAUAGUGGAUCAGGAGCAGAGUAAAGUCCUGUGGACUCCGCUGGGCUCUCCCUAGGAGGCGGAGCCAGCGUUUUAGGCUUUCUGCCUCACACAGCUGAGCUUACAAAAACACUAUGCUUUACACUCGCACUACACUACUACGCAAAAAGGUACACUACAGUGAGCAUCGCAGAUAUAGUGAUCCUCUGUUUGUUAUUUUGAUUUUUUUGUCUUUUCUCUCAUGAUUUGUUUUGUUGAAUUGUAACAGCGCCUCUUAUUUGUUUGUGAGUAUGUAUAUGUAUGUAUGUGUGUAUGUUUGUAUGUAUGUAUGUCUGUGUGUGUAUGUGUGUGCAGAUGCAGAAUUAUAGCACUGAAGUUUUCAUUGUUUUCUUUGGUCUUCCUGACGGACAUCUAAUGAUAGUAAUGCUGCAUCUAAGACACUUGUUUACAGAAGAAUCAGUCCGUGAUUUGUUAUUUAACGUGUGCUUGAAUGUGUCCCUUUUGAGUCCCUUUCUCUUAACCCUUAAUGAAGUCAUAUCGUGUGGACCCCUAAACCCUGACCCUAAACCCCCCCCAACCCCUCCUACACACUCUACAGCCUAAAAUCAGCCCUGAGUCCCAACCCACUCCCCUUUGUACCAAAACGGCAUGUGUAUCUCUCCACAUCCCUUCCAGGACUGAACUCUCUCGGAGGGUAAAGAGCAACAUGUGCUGAGCUUGUUUUAUGUUAAUGUAAUAAUUGACUGUUGGUUUGAGUCACACACCUGAAUGCUUCUAUUAUUUUGGGUUGAGGUGAACAGAAGCAGCAGCAGCAGCAACUAAGCGUUUUUCUACGGGCCAAAUGGAAGUGCCUUUGGAGAUCUGCUGAGCGUAUGACAAUGGCAUGUUAUUGAGGUGAAAGGCUGAUGUUUGAAACUCCUCAGAUUGCACUCCAGGGCUAGACAGACCACUGUGUUAACCUUCUUUCUCCUAGAGAAGAAUCUAUUUAAAAAGAGAACGUGAAAUUGAACUCUUCAUGUAUUCAUCAUACAUACAGAAAUACUGAAAUACAGGCUCACACUAAACCUGUAUGUAUGCAAAACUCAUCUAAAUAUAUAUAUAUAUAUAGGUCUAUAUAUAUGAAAAAAAAAAAUCUAUAUAAAAAUAUAUUAAAUGUAUUUUUGACUAGGCUACCAGCCUAGGAGAGUGCAGCAGGUGUCCAGUCAGGUCUUAGCAAAUAUUCUAAGCAUGUCCUUUUUGUAUUUCUCCUGUCUUUGUCCUUGUUCUUCGUUCGUCUGUCACUUUUCUAUGUCCCACUGCAAAACAUCAUGGAAGGAAAAGAUGCAGGGUGAAUAGAAUCGGAUCUCUUAGGCUACAACUGUUAAUAUGUUGGUCAUUUUUCAUGUAUAUUUAAUUUUUUUUGUAUUAUUAUUAUUAUCAUUAUCAGCAGUCACCAUCAUGUCCUUCAUUAAGCAUUGAGACCAGUAGUCCCACCAGUUAUUGUUGUGCCAAAAUACAAUGUGUCCAUUUCUUUUAUUUUAUGUUUUGCACUUGCAAUGUUAUGGACCCUAAACCUAAAAAAUAGCUGUUCUUAGGUUUCCAGUAGCGAAAUAAGUUGAAAAUAGGUACUAUACUUAUUAUUUUAAGAUAAUUAAUAUCAUUUAAGUGUUCCAUACAUUUCAGUAAUUGCCUCUACUCUUAAAUUAGUGAAGAAACAACACUACAUUAUUUACAUUCUCAUUGUAAAAAGGGAUUUCUUAUUGCACAUGUUGUUUUUCUCAAAGGAAAAUCAGUCCAUAUGUUGGCUGUUGGGUUGAAAAACUAGGCAUUUUGUUUUCUGUGACUUUCAUGCCUGUUUUCUGAAUAGAUAACAUGCGGUUUUAAAUGAGAGGGAUUUAACGCAACCUGGUUGUGUUUUUAGGAGGAAUGACUAGAACACAGGUACUGUUAUGAUUGGGAUUUUCAAUAUUACACAAAACAGAAUGUGAUUUGUAUGAGAUGUUAACAUGAAAAUAAAAGUCAUUUUCUGUAUCACACUA